CACUCCGCCGGGUGUUGGGUUGUUUUGCUAAAGCGCUAGCAUCGCUCACAGCCUCGGUCAACUUGAAAAUCAAUCUCGACAUUUUAAUUCCUUUCAUUUUCAAUGAAUUUGAAUCAAAUCACAGAGAUAACAUAUCGCAGGAGGUCGGAGUUAGAUAUUUAGUCAUUUCAGUGCACUAUCCCCAGCGUUUCCCAGUAUGACUUCUCGUCGGCCUGACAGUUUUGAUGGUUUGGGUUACAGGGGCAGGGAGGAUCCGUCAUUCAGCGGGGGUUAUUCAGGGGGGUCAUUUAAUAAUUCAUCCAGUGCUGAUCUCCAGCACUGGGUCACUACACCUCCGGAUAUACCUGGCAGCCGAAACCUGCAUUUUGGUGAUCGCACACCCCAAUUUGAGACGGCACCUGGAGCAGAAGAUACUCAGUCAACGGCUCCACCGUCCGAGCAGCUGAACCGAUUUGCCGGAUUCGGGAUAGGCCUUGCUAGCCUCUUUACAGAAAAUGUGCUGGCCCACCCCUGCAUUGUGUUUCGGCGUCAAUGUCAGGUUAACUAUCAUGCCAGGUGUUACCACUUAUCACCAAUGACCGCCAUCAGUGUGAUGUACAACGUCGCAAAAACUCAGGGUCCGAAGGCAUUAUGGAAAGGAAUGGGCAGCACUUUUGUGGUACAGGGAGUCACCCUUGGAACUGAGGGAAUUAUCAGUGAAUGCACUCCAUUGCCAAGGGAGUUGUCACACAAGUGGAUCCCCAAACAAGUUGUGCUACAUUUAGUACUCAAAGGUUUGACAUAUGUGGUUGCGAUGCCAUUUUACUCAGCAAGUCUCAUAGAGACUGUACAGAGUGAAAUAAUCCGAGACAAUCCUGGCAUCCUAGACUGCGUGAAAGAAGGAAUUGGGCGUGUGAUGGGAAUGGGCAUACCCCACAGCAAGCGCCUCCUUCCUCUCUGGAACCUGGUUUUCCCAACAGUGCUCCACGGCAUCCUUCACUACAUCAUCAGUUCCAGCGUACAGAGGCUGGUUCUGUACCUGCUGCGUCGGAAUAACGGCUCGCAGAAGCCCCUGUCAUCUAACUCGGGCAUGGACACGGUCCAGUCGAUGCUUGAUGCCUACUUCCCUGAGCUCAUGGCCAGCUUUGCAGCCAGCCUAUGUGCCGAUGUGCUGUUGCUUCCUUUGGAAACUGUGUUGCACAGGCUGCACAUCCAAGGAACGCGCACCAUAAUUGACAAUACUGACCUGGGUUUCGAAGUGUUGCCCAUAAACACACAGUAUGAAGGAAUGAGAGACUGUAUCAAUGCCAUUCGGCGGGAAGAGGGAACCUUGGGUUUCUAUAAAGGCUUCGGCUCCAUCGUGGUGCAGUACUCGCUUCACGCCGCUGUGCUGCAGAUCACCAAAAUGAUCUACUCGACGCUGUUGCGGAAUGCGUGAGUGGACAAAAAAUUCAGUGGGGUAAUGCUCUGGGUUUGUUCGGAGGUCGGGUUAGGACAUUCCAAAAAAGUGACUCAUUGUGCGAAUUUGUGAGGUUUCUUUUGCCUCUUCUGUGAUUUGUCAGCCUACACAUGUUAUUUCUCAUUAAGCACUGGUUGUAAUGUGAUUGCAUGACUCAUUUUAUUAGCAGUAAUGCAGCUGUGCUUUCUUGUUAGUGAACAUGCCCCCAUAUUAAGACUGCAUUUUAAUAACUCUUAUGGUAACCCCAACCCCACUUUAACAUCACAAGCAGCAGAGCAUUUCAACUGCUGUAAUUGUUUUUUGUCACUUCACUGGACAUUAGCGCUUAUAAUGUGAUUUGAACAUGGCAGCAUUGGUUGAGGGGCUGUGCAAUGUUCUUAAGGCAGGAAUGGAAUAGAUGUCAUUAAAAUAUUAUUUGCA